GGACCUACUUUCCUCUGGAAAUGGCCGCGCCGGGGAGCACCGAACGCCCCGCGCCCCGAGGCCCAUCGGCGUAGGGCGGCCGCGGGGCUGUGGCCCCCCAGGAACGCCGGAGGCAGGAUGGAUGAACAGAAGGUGCCCAGCGAGGAGAAAGACGCAGCCGCGCCAGCCGAUGGGGUCAUGGCCUCGGAGGAGAUGGGCAGCGCCGAGGGGGACCCCCUGAAACCCCCCGAAGGAGCCUCUGCGGGGCCAGAGCCGGACAGCACGGGCAUGGAGGGACCUCCCGAGGCUGGCAGCCCAUUGGGCCGCCGCUGUGCCCUCUGCAACUGUGGGGACUGGAGCCUACACGGGCAGCGGGAGCUGCAGCGCUUUGAGCCGGUGCCCGACUGGCCCGAGCGGCUGACGGGCCACGAGCCCCCUGAUGGGCCUGGCCAGCCUCCCCCAGGGCCCAGCCAGCUCCCCCCAGAGCCAGAGCUGGCGGGUGACGGCCUGGCACAAAUUGGCUUCUCCGAGGGGGUGACCCCAGCGCAGCUCUUCGAGCCAACGGGGCACUGCUGGGUGCACCACUGGUGUGCGGCCUGGGCGGCUGGUGCGGGGCCGGAGGUGGCCGGCGUGGCCAGAGCUGUUUUCUCAGGGAUCUCACAGAAAUGUGAACGCUGCGGGCGGGCGGGGGCCACCAUCCCGUGCCGGGCGGCCGCCGGCUGCUCCCGCCUCUACCACUUCCCCUGCGCCGCCGCCAGCGGCUGCUUCCAGUCCAUGAAGACCCUGCGGCUGCUCUGCCCUGAGCACGUGGCUGAGGCCGUGGACACGGAGGAUGCGCAAUGCUCGGUGUGCAGUGGGCCGGGCGACCUGCGGGACCUGGUGUUCUGCACCAGCUGCGGGCAGCACUUCCACGGGGCCUGCCUGAACAUCUCCCUGACGCCUCGCAAGCGCUCGGGCUGGCAGUGCCCCCAGUGCAAAGUGUGCCAAACCUGCAGGCAGCCCGGCCAGGACUCUGCCAUGCUGGUGUGCGAGGCAUGUGACAAGGGCUACCACACUUCCUGCACAGAGCCAGCCACCCAGGGCCUCCCCACUGGCUCCUGGAAGUGCAAGAGCUGCUGGGUCUGCUCAGACUGUGGCCAGCACACUGCUGGGCCCGACUCCAGCUGCCAGUGGUCCCUGGGGUCUGAGGUGUGCAGGGACUGCCAGCAGCGCCGUGCCACGGCCGAUGUCCCCAUGGCGCCAGAACACUCACCACAGCCUGACCCGCCCGCCCAGAUGUCAGAGUCCCCUGUCCCCAGCAAGCCAACGGAUGCGCCCGUGCCCCCGCCUGAGCUGGAGCCUGCGGGGUGUGAUGAAGAGACGCAGCCCCUUGUGGACCCCAGCGAGACACCCCCAGACCCCAAAGAGGCACCCCCAGACCCCAAGGAGGCUCCCCCAGGCAAUGCCGAGUCUCCUCCUGGCGAGCUGGCCUCUGUGGAGGUGCCCCCCAGUGAGGAACCCCCCGAAGAACUUCCCUCUGAUGAGCUGCCCCUCGAUCAGCCGCCCCCCAAAACGCAGCCCUCUGACAUUCAGCCUCCUGAAGUGCAGCCCCCUGAGGAGCCCCUUCCUCUGCUGCCGCCCCCCGAGGAGCCUCCCUCUGAGGAGCUGCCCCUUGAGACACCAUCCCUUGCUGAGCUGUCGCCUGACAGACCCUCCCUUGAGGAGUUGCCCCCCAGUGAACCCCCCCACAAUGAGGUGCCCCUCGAUGUCCCUCCCCUUGCUGAGCUGUCCCCUGAGAAACCAGCGUUUGAAAAGUCUCCCCCCCAUGAGCUGCUCCCCGAAGUACUGCCCAUUGACAAAUCACCUCCUGACGAGCUGCCCCCCAUCGAGUCACCCCACAAACCUCCCCUUGAAGAGCCACCCCUCAAUGAGCCAUCCCUCGAUGAGCUACCCCUCAACAAGCCUCCCCCCGAGGAGCUGCCCCCUGAUGAGCUGCCCCCCAUUGAACCACCCCCCAUCGAGCUGCUCCCCAAGGACCCUCCUCCCGAAGCGCUGCCCCCUGAGAAGCUGAGCCCUGAAGAGCCCCCCCUUGUUGAGCUGCCCCCUGAAGAGCCGGUCCCCAGCGAGCUGCCCCCCGAGGAGGACCUGAAACCACCAGGUCUCCUCCCCGAGGUGACAGUGGCAGAGGAAGCGCCAGCCCUGGCUCCAGAGGUGUUCCCCGAGGAGGAGAUGGAGCUGGAGCCAGAGCCCUCGCUGCCCCCUGAGAUGACACCCCCACCCUCAGCUCCCCCAGCUCUCCGUGCCAUCUCACCUGCACGGACCCCAGCCCCCUCCCCUGAUGCCAAGGAGGACGAGGUGCUUGAGCCCCCCACCCCAGCCCUGCCUGAGCCCCCUGGCAGCCCUGGUAUCGCCAUGGACACCGACCCCCCUGGCUCCCCACCGCCACCCCUGGGCUCCCCCGCUGUCACCCUGGCCCCUGCCGAGCCACCUGAGGAUGAGGAGAUGGAGAUGGCUGGUGGCGAGGGGGAGUCUCCAGCCAGUCCCCCUGGAGAUGCCCCCCACGGCAGCCCAGCCCCUGAGCUGGGGCCCUUCCCAGUCCUGCCUGAGGAGGAGGAAGAGGAGGAAGAAGAGGCACCAAGGCUGGAGAGGGAAGGCACCAGUGGAAGCUCCCCACCACUCAGCGAGGAGGAUGCCCUAGAAGAAAGCCGGGCUGGGGGGGACCCUGAAGUCAAGGGGUCCCCUUCGGGGUCCCCCCUGCUCCUGGAACCGGAGGAGCUGGGCCCUGAGACCCCCAUGGAGGUGUGCACUACUGGCGAGAAGCUGCUGGGCCAUGGGGAUGAGGGGUGCCCCGAGCCCCCCGCGCUGCGCCCACGGCCCGACAUCCUCAACGAGAUCUCCAACCUGAGCCAGGGCGACACGAGCAGCAGCUUCCCUGGCUCAGAGCCGCUGCUGGGGUCCCCAGACCCUGAGGGUGGGGGGUCUCUGUCCCCUGAGCUGGGCCCGGCCUCGGCUGACGCCAGCCUGCAGAAGGAGGACGCUGGGUCACUGCCACUGGGUGCUGAGACUGAUGACUCGUUGCUCUUCGAGCCAGCAGCCAAGGGUGACGGGGACAAAAGCCGGCGCCGCAGCUCCCCGGGGCGCUCCCGCGUCAAGCAGGGUCGCAGCAGCAGCUUCCCUGGGAGGAGACGCCCCCGAGGCGGCUCCCAUGGGGGCCGAGGCCGAGGCCGUGCACGCCUGAAGUCGACCACCUCGUCUGUUGACACCCUAGCACUCGCUGAUGUGGAGAGCUCGCCCAGCAAGGAGGAGGACGAGGACGAUGAUGACACCAUGCAGAACACAGUCGUCCUCUUCUCCAACACUGACAAGUUUGUGCUCAUGCAGGACAUGUGCGUGGUGUGUGGCAGCUUUGGGCGUGGGGCCGAGGGGCACCUUCUCGCCUGCUCCCAGUGCUCCCAGUGCUACCACCCCUACUGCGUCAACAGCAAGGAGGCGUUUUUUGGGAAGGCACUGAUGGACCUGAGCCGGAAGGCGCUGCUGGCAGCAGGCGGGGUUGGGGAUGGGGCUGCCCGCCCCGCCUUGGGCCAGGGUGCCCCAAGGCCCAAGGGGGACCCCAACCUUGCUGGGGCACUGCAGGGGGGCACCCCGGACAGGAGGGAGACCCCCACCCACCCCCGAGGCGAGGACAGCACUGAUGGCAGCGCCGCCGCUCCCGAUGACGAUGGCAAGGACGACGCGAAGGCCGAGGAGCUGGGGGCCGACGAGCCCAAGGAUUCCCCAGACCGCGGGGACACCGAAAAACCGGCCACCCCGGGCGAGGGAGCGCUAAGCUCCGACCUCGAUAAGAUCCCCACAGAAGAGCUGCCCAAGAUGGAGAGCAAAGACGUGCAGCAGCUCUUCAAGGACGUGCUGGGCUCGGCAGAGCGCGGGGAGCAGCCCCUCAACUGCGUGGCCGCAGGGAUGGAGGCCGGGCAGGACCCCAGCCGAGCACAGCGGCCGUUCCUGCAAGGAGACCUGCAGCUCUCGGGGCAGGGGAGUGUUUCCCUGGGCUCACUCUCCGGAUCUGUCUCUUUGGACUCGUUCUCAGGGGUCUGCCAGUCCCCAUUCCUCGAUAACAGGGAGCGGAGUGGCUUCUUCAGCCCAGACCACUGCGAGCCCGAGAGCCCCUGGGCCAGCAGCUCGGCUGCCACCACCCCCUCGACCCCCACAACGCCCACGACGGAGGGCGAGGGUGAUGGGCUGUCCUACAACCAGCGCAGUUUGCAGCGCUGGGAGAAGGACGAGGAGCUGGGUGAGCUCUCCACCAUCUCCCCUGUCCUCUACGCCAACAUGAACUUCCCCAACCUCAAGCAGGAUUAUCCAGACUGGUCGAGCCGUUGCAAACAGAUCAUGAAGCUCUGGAGGAAAGUCCCUGCCACGGACAAAGCCCCAUAUUUGCAAAAGGCCAAAGAUAACCGGGCGGCUCAUCGCAUCAACAAGGUGCAGAAGCAGGCCGAGAGCCAGAUCAACAAGCAGACCAAAGGGGAGGGACUGCGCAAGCCUGAGAGGCCCUCGCUGCACCUGCGGAUCCCGGUGCCGCCGGGGGCACAGCCCGUCUACAUCAGCAGCCCCCCCGCCACCGGCGAGGGCUUCCUGAAGCCCCCCACGGGUGCCGGAGGGGGACCGGAGUCUCCCAGCGAGCUCUUCCUCAAGCUCCCGCCCCAGUCCCCUGCCCAAGUGCCUUCGCACGAUCCCUACGGCGCGGCCCCCGCCUACGCGCUGGAGCCCCGCUUCCCUUCGCCCCUGGGCCAGAGCCCCACAUCGGGGGCUGCCUUCCAGCCCUUCCCUAGCCAGCCCCAGCCCCUCACAGCCCCCCGUGCUCCCCCUGACUUCCACCCCACCCCGCCUGGCACCCCCCGGCACCAACCUGGCACCCCUGACCCCUUCCUGAAGCCCCGGUGCCCCUCCUUGGACAACCUCUCAGUGCCAGGGAGUCCUGGGGCGCGGCCCCCUGAGGCCCUGCUCUCUCCCCUGCCUUUUGGGGAGCAGAAGAAGGGUCUGGAGGUGAAGAAGGAGGAUGGGGGAAGCCUGGGGGUCUGCUCACCCGGCUAUGCUUCUGCCAUGGGCUACGGGGACUCCCCAGGUGGGCCCCACCUCUCGGCUGCGGAGCUGAAGGCGGCUGAUGUCUUCAAAGCCCCCAUGACCCCACGGGUCUCUCAGGUAGAGCCGCAGAGCCCAGGGCUUGGGCACCGGCCCCCUGACCCCCAUCCCCUGGCCCCCUCGCCCCCUGGCCACCCUGAUUUGUACCGUCAGUCGCCCUACCUGGACCCCUACUCACAGCCCCCACUGACGCCCCGGCUGCAGCCCUCCGAGGCCUGCUGCACCCUCCCGCCCCGCUCCCUGCCCUCUGAACCCUUCUCCCGCAUCCCUGCCAGCCCCCAGUCCCAGUCCAGCUCCCAGUCCCCCCUAACCCCCCGCCCUCUCUCCAACGAAGCCUUCUGCCAGUCCCCAGUCACCCCUCGCUUCCAAUCCCCUGAUCCCUACUCCCAGCCGCCCUCCCGGCCGCAGUCCCGGGAUCCCUUCACCCCACUGCACAAACCCCCCCGUCCACAGAUGCCGGAGCCAGGGUUCAAGUCAGUGGGGGCGGCUGGUGGAGGUUUUGGGGGUACCCCAGCAGGUGACCCCCACGCCAAGGCAGCGGCUGGGCCACAGCCGCCCUUUGCCCGCUCGCCUGGUGCCAGCGUUUUCCCGGCGAGCCAGCCCCCCAUGCGCUUCACCUUCCCCCCGGCCGUCUCGGAGCCGCUCAAGGGCUCCCCAUCCCACCAGCCCCACGGGAUCAACAGCCAUUACGGCUCUGGGAAGCCCCAGAGCUCGGCCUACGCCUCGUCCCCCAGCUUCCACCAGGCCAGCAGCCCGCUGGGCCCUGGCACUGCCGCCCCUGACUCCUACAGCCUCUCGCCCCUGCGGCCCCCAUCGGUGCUGCCGCCGCAGCCCCCGGCUCCCCCGCAGCAGCAGGACCCUUCUGGAGCCUUCCUGCCCCGCACUGCGCUGGGACUGACGGCCGACAAGAGGGAGGAGGUGGCUGCAGGGCUCUCAGCACCCCCGAACCGGGACCUGGUGGAGCUGCCUGGUGCCCAGGAUGGGGCUCUGGGCACCAUGAGCCAGUCGGAGUUGGAGAAGCAGCGGCAGCGCCAGCGGCUCCGGGAGCUGCUCAUCCGCCAGCAGAUCCAGAGGAACAGCCUUCGGCAGGAGAAGGAGAGUGCAGCUGCUGCUGCCUCCUCACCAGCAGGCUGGGCACCUGAGAGUGGGCAGAGCUUCGAGCUGAGCCGGGGCAUGGCCCCGUACCAACCAGCACAGGACAAGGCUCUCCUCGGGACUCUGGCCACGGCAGCUGGCGCUGGGAAGCUGCCUGGCUCCGUCAUGGUGCAGGCAGCCUUCACGCAGGACGAGCGACUCUCCCGGCCCCCGCCGGCGGCCACGCCAGCCAUGCUGGACAUCAGCGGGCGGGCGGCGGUGGGGCCCCCCCAGGCCUUCUACCCCCGUGGGGUCUUCCCAUCACCAUCCCCACAGCAGCAGCAGCAGCACCUCUGGCAGCAGCAGCAGCAGCAGCAAGCGGCCGUGGCAGCCCUGCGGCUCCCUGUCACCUCCCGCUUCGCCCCCCCAGCCGCUGGGACCCCCAUGGGCAGCCUGAGCACCCGCCUGCCCACCCCUGCCGAGGCCGUGCCCCCCUCACCAGCUGCCCUGGGUGCUCCCUUCAUCGAGCUACGACACAACGUGCAGAAGGGACCUGGGGGUGUCGUGGGAUCUCCCUUUGCCCCCCAGGCACCCCGGCCUCGAUUCUUCCUGCCAGGGGAGGAAGGCACCCCCCAGGCCCUGUGCACCCCCGUCAUGCCCCUGCAGGCACUGCCAUCCCAGAAGGUUCCAGCACCGCUGCCACCCGCGUCCCCGCAGGGAGCUGAGAUGGGCAACAGCCACCAGCAGCCCCACACCAAGGCAGCACCCCCGCUGCCAGCACCCACCCUGGAGCUGCAGCAGCACAUCCCCCCGCGCCCGCUGUCCUCCGGUGCCACCCUACGCCCUGAGGGUCCCAAGGAUGGCCCCGCUCCAGACCCUGCGCCGGCCCCAGGGAAGAGCCACCUGAGCCUGGAGGGGGGGAGGCUGCCCUGCGAGGUGCCCGUGGAGCCUGAUUUGGAUGACGACUUUGGCUCCCACAAGGACUUGGAAGAUGAUGAUGAUUUGGCCAACCUUAGCCUGGAUCCAGAUGUGGCCAAAGGGGACGAUGACUUGGACAACUUGGACAGCCUGGAGACAGCAGACCCCCACCUCGAUGACCUGCUGAAUGGUGAUGAGUUUGACCUGCUGGCCUACACUGACCCCGAGCUGGACACCGGUGACAAGAAGGACAUCUUCAACGAGCACCUGCGCCUGGUGGAGUCGGCUAACGAGAAGGCUGAGCGUGAGGCCCAGCUCAAGACAGACCCACCAGCGCCCACCUUGAAGCUCCCCGACCCUGGGGACAGCAAAGAUGUGACCCCAUCUGCGGAGGAUCAGGAGGUGCCCAAGGAAGGACUGGUGUCUGGGAUGGGUUUGGGACUCUCUGCCUGCCCCACGGCGACUGUGCUGGCCCCUGACCCAGCUUUCAAGGCACAGGGUGCAGAGGCAAAGGCUGGCUCGCUGUCCACUGAUGUCAAGCCCAAGCUGGAGGACGGCUGCCUGAAGACCUCACCCUGCCAGUUCACCACCGCUGGCCCCGAGCGCCUCCCGGUGCCCAUCAAGUCAGAAGCACUGCAGGGCACAGAUAAAAUCUCUGCCUCCCUGGGGCUGAGUGUCAAACCUGGUCAGACCCUCCUGAGCUCCAGCACCGGCCCCACUCGCCUCAGCAUGACUCAGUUCUCCAACAGUGGCCACACUGGUGUCCCCGUGCUUGAGAAGGACCCCUACACCGGCCCUGGCCGUGGGCUGGCAACUGCCCAGCUGGGUGGCCAGAGCAACCCCUUGCUGGAGAAGUUUGAGCUGGACAGUGGAGCUUUGGGCCUGGGCAGUGCCCGGCACUCGCCGGCAGAUGACCUGGACAAGAUGGAGAGCUCGUUGGUGGCCAGCGAGCUGCCCCUGCUCAUCGAGGACCUCCUGGAGCACGAGAAGAAGGAGCUGCAGAAGAAGCAGCAGAUGUCAGCCCACCUGCCCCGUGGCACCCCCCACCUCCAAGCCCCGGGGCACCCCAUGCUGCACACAGGGGCAUCUGGGCAGCCUCCUGAGGGGCAGCCACCCCGUCUGGGCACCCCUCAGACACCCCUCCAGCUGGGGCUGGUGGCCCGGCCACCGCUGCUGCCACCGCAGCCCCCCCGGCUCAAUGCACCCCAGCAGGGCCCGGCUCUGGCCCCCCACAUGGGCAUGGGCUCUGGGCAGCCUCACGUGCUGUCAUCCCCCCACGGGGUGCAGGUGGCCCUGGGGCAGCCGCAGCAGAGCCAGCAGCAGGUGCUGGUGCAGAAGCCGAUGGCCGGGGUGCAGCCCCCCACCCUGGGCCUGAAGCCCCCCCAGCUCAUCAUGCAGCAGCAGUUGGCCAACAGCUUCUUCCCAGACACAGACCUGGACAAGUUUGCAGCCGAGGACAUCAUGGAUCCCAUUGCCAAGGCCAAGAUGGUGGCACUGAAGGGCAUCAAGAAGGUGAUGGCUCAGGGCAGCAUCGGGGUGGCCCCAGGCAUGAACAGGCAACAGGUUUCCCUGCUGGCCCAGCGGCUCUCGGGGGGCCCGGCUGUCUCUGAGAUGCAGAACCACUUACUGGCAGGGAGCGGGCAGGAGCGGAGUGGCACAGACCCGACCCAGGCUCGCCCCAACCCACCCACCUUUGCACAGGGCGUCAUCAACGAGGCUGACCAGCGGCAGUACGAGGAGUGGCUGUUCCACACGCAGCAGCUGCUGCAGAUGCAGCUGAAGGUGCUGGAGGAGCAGAUCGGGGCGCACCGCAAGUCCCGCAAGGCGCUGUGUGCCAAGCAGCGCACGGCCAAGAAAGCCGGGCGGGAGUUCCCCGAGGCUGAUGCUGAGAAGCUGAAGCUGGUGACAGAGCAGCAGAGCAAGAUCCAGAAGCAGCUGGACCAGGUGCGGAAGCAGCAGAAGGAACACACCAACCUGAUGGCUGAGUACCGCAACAAGCAGCAGCAGCACCAGCACCAGGCCUCAGCUGUGAUGGCCCUGAGCCCCUCGCAGAGCCCCCGCCUCAUGUCCAAGCUCCCGGGACAGCUCCUCUCAGCACACGGCGUGCAGCAGCCCGGGGCAGCCCUGGUGGGAGCGCAGGGCCUCGGCCAGCAGCCGGGGCAGCCUGGAGGGCUGCGCCUGCCCCAGGGCGGUGUGUCCAUGGCCGUGCAGCAGGGCCUAUCCUUCAUGGGGCAGCAGCCUGUAGGAAAUGCCCCCGGACCCAGCUCCUCUGGCGCAUUCUUCAGCGGGAACCCGGCGCUGCGCGGGCUGGCCGCUGACAGCCGGCUGAUGCAGGAGCGGCAGCUGCAGAGGAUGCAGCUGGCACAGAAACUGCAGCAGCAGAACAUGCUGGGCCAGGUGUCACUGCAGCAACAGCCAGGUGUGAUGGGACAGACGUCAAUGCAACAGCCAGGUGUGAUGGGACAGGUGUCGCUGCAGCAGCCAGGUGUGAUGGGACAGGCGGCCAUGCAGCAACAGGGCGUGAUGGGACAGACAUCAAUGCAGCAGCCGGGUGUGAUGGGACAGGCAGCCAUGCAGCAAUCAGGUGUGAUGGGACAGGCAGCCAUGCAGCAAUCAGGUGUGAUGGGACAGACGUCGCUGCAGCCAUCAGGUGUCAUGGCACAAGCGUCGAUGCAGCAGCAGGGCGUGAUGGGUCAAAGCUCCAUGCAGCAGCCAGGUGUGAUGGGACAGGCAUCGCUGCAGCAGCCAGGUGUGAUGGCACAGGCAUCCAUGCAGCAGCCUGGUGUGAUGGGACAGACGUCGAUGCAGCAACAGGGUGUGAUGGGUCAGGUGUCCAUGCAACAGCCAGGUUUGAUAGGACAGAGCUCGAUGCAGCCACAGAGCAUCAUGGCACAGACAUCCAUGCAGCAAUCAGGUGUGAUGGGACAAACUUCAAUGCAACAGGCAGGUGUGCUGGCCCAGACAUCGCUGCAGCAGCCAGGCAUGAUGGGCCAGGCAUCCAUGCAGCAGCCAGGUGUGCUGGGCCAGGCCCCAGUGCAGCCAACAGCCGUGCCGGGGCAGCCCAGCCUGCUGGGCCAGCAGCAGCAGCAGCCCUCAGCCCCACAGCCCGGCGCAGGUGCUCAGCCCAUGGUGCCGAAGCAGCCGGGGCUGUUGGGCAGCCAGCAGAGCCUCCUCGUGCAGCAGCUCUCGCCCCAGCAGCAGCCAGGCGUGCUGGGCCAUGGGCCAGGGCUGCAGCACCAGCCUGUGCUGGGCCACCCCUCAGCCCAGCGCCAGGUCGUCCUGGCCCCCCACCAGCAGCGGGUGCUGGGCUCGCCCCAGCUGACACCGCAGACUCCAGGGAUGCUGAGCCACCGGCUCGUGCUAUCCCAGCAGCUGGGGCAGUCUCGGGCACUGUUGGCUCCACAGCAGCAGCAGCAGCAGAACUCAGCAGUGGCUGCCCAGCCAGGUCUCCUGGGGCUGGGCCAGGGGCAGCCCUCCAUCCAGCACUUUCCGCAGCACGGGGCGGGGGGCCAGGCCCCCUCUGUGCUGCACCUGAGUCAGGGAAUGCAGCCAGCCCCGGCGGUCCUGGCUGCCAAGGACCAGCCCGUGGGGAUGGAUGGCAGCGCCCUGCACGCUGAGGGUGGUGAGAGUGGGGGGCAGCUGCACGGGGAGCAGCAGGGAGCCCUCAACCCCCCAGGGCUGGGGGGCCCAGAGCCCCCGGCCCCCAAGCACCAGGCUGAGCUGGGGCAGGGCCAGCAGCUCCUCUUGACCUCCCCACAGUCAGGUGUCUUGCGGGCAGCCCCUGGGCAGCCAGGUGCUCUGCUCGCCCCACCGCUGCAGAGCCCUGGGGCUGUCCACCCCGAGCUGUCCCAGCAGCACGGGGACACAGCCGGGGUGGGAGAACAACCCCUGGGCUGUGGGACAGGCCCAGCACAGGCCAUGGUGCCGGCACCGCGGCCCCCAGAGCAGCCAGGCAAGGGGGUGGCAGGGGCCCUGCCAGGGCAGCCACAGCCCCCGCGGCUCCAGAGCCCCGUUCAGCACAAAGUAGGGCCAGCGUCAGGCACUGCCAGUCUCCCCCCAAGUCUCCUGGGGCAGGUGCCGGGUCCAGUGAUGGGCCAGAUCCGGGCGCAGCUCCAGGGUGUCCUGGCCAAGAACCCGCAGCUGCGGCAUCUGACUCCGCAGCAGCAGCAGCAGCUCCAGGCCCUCCUGGUGCAGCGGCACCAGCAGAGCUUGCUGCAGCAGAACCAGGCACUACGGACCCCUGGCCCCUUCCCCGGGCAGGCCCCGGACUACAGCUUGCCAGCUACCCGCCAGCCCCCUCGUCCCAUGGGGUCCCUUUUCCAGCCCCGGGCAGAUGCCCCAGCAGAGGCACAGAGCAGCUCUGCCACUGAGCCGGGGCGAGCACUGCCAGGGCAGCCUCCCCAGCAGCCCCUGGCUGAGCUGGUUCAGGCAGCUCUGGCUGCCCAUGGCCCCCAGCCCGGCCUCAUCCGCCUCCCCACGCCACCAGCCCCCUCGCCCCUGGGCUGUGCUCCCCAGCACCUGGCCAGCCCUGAGCAGAGCCCCCAAGAGCCAAAGAAGACAUCACCGGGGAUCCCGGCCUUGGCCGCCAGCCCUGCGGCAACCACGGAGCCGGGGCUGACUCCCACCCCAAGCGGGGCCCUCCCUGACCCAGCACACGGCCCCUGGGACCCUGAGACACCUGGGGUGGAUCCAGCUGACCCUGGUGAGACCCGCAUCAAUGGGGCUGUGCCAGAGGCAGCCCCCACAGCAGGUGAAGCCCCCCAGGUGUUGGUGAAGCAGGAGCCGAAGGAAGAGGCGGCGGCAGCGGCACAGUGUGAGGUGGACGGAGAUGAGACAGCAAAACCAGAGGCCAAUGGGGACCCUGGGGACAGCCAAGCCAACAGCCUGCUGGCCCCAGGUGGGCGCUCUGAGGCUGGGCACCUGCUGCUGCAGAAGCUACUGCGGGCCAAGAAUGUGCAGCUCUCAGCACAGAGCCCAGGCGAGCUCAAUGGGCACAUGGAGAACCGGAGCGCUGGGACAGAGCCACGGCCACAGUCACUGCUGCUGGGCCGGGAGGACCCCUCCAUUGCCAGGAAGCCAGCACCCACCAAACCUAAGCGGGUACAGAAAGGCAACGAGCGGAUCCCAGCGUCCCGCAAGAAGCUGCGCAAGGAUGAGGGGCUGCGUCCUGGCGAGGCCCUCAUGAAGCAGCUGAAGCAGGAGCUGUCGCUGCUGCCACUGACGGAGCCGACCAUCAUGGCCAACUUCAGCCUCUUCGCACCCUUUGGCAGCAGCCCUAUCAACGGGAAGAGCCAGCUGAGGGGCACCUUCGGCAGUGCUGUGCUCGACAGCGUCCCCGACUACUACUCCCAGCUGCUCACCAAGAACAACCUCAGCAACCCACCCACACCACCCUCCUCGCUGCCCCCCACACCCCCUCCCUCCGUGCAGCAGAAGAUGGUGAAUGGUGUCACGGCCCCUGAAGAGCUGGGGGAGCAGCCCAAGGACGCCGACCCAGCCCGUGAGCCCCACGGCCAGAAAGAUACACCAGCUGUGGAGGUGAAGAGCCUGGACCUGCUGGCAGCACUGCCCACCCCUCCGCACAACCAAACCGAGGACGUCAGGAUGGAGAGUGACGAUGAGAGCGACUCCCCUGACAGCAUCGUCCCUGCUUCAUCCCCUGAGAGUGUCCUGGGCGAGGAGCUGCUCCGCUUCCCACUUCUCAGCGAGGCCAAGCCAGAGCUGGAGGAGCGUGUGCUGUCCCCCAUCAUCCCCAUCAUCCCCCGGGCCAGCAUCCCAGUGUUCCCUGACACAAAACCCUAUGAGGUCGCAGAGCCAUUUGGGGCUCCACCAGGGAAGGUGGGGGCAGCAGGCCCUGGAGUUCCAUGGGAGAAGGGCAAGAGCAGCGAGGUCUCUGUCAUGUUGACGGUGUCUGCAGCAGCUGCCAAGAACCUCAAUGGGGUGAUGGUGGCCAUGGCUGAGCUGCUGAGCAUGAAGAUCCCUAGCUCCUACGAGGUGCUGUUCCCCGAUGGCCCUGUGCGAGCAGCUGUGGUUGAGGCCAAGAAGGUGGAGACUGAUAUGGCUGGAAUGCUCGGAGGGAAGGAGAAGGCGCUGGCUGGGAAGGUGCCGGACAGCAGCUCUGAAUGGCUGAAGCAGUUUGAUGCAGUGCUGCCAGGGUACAGCCUCAAGGGCGAGCUGGACCUCCUGACUCUGCUCAGACAGGAGAGCCCUGCUCCUGAGAAGACCCUUCACCACUGCUACGUCAACAACGUCUCCAACCUGGACGUGCGGCAGCUCUCUGUCCUACCCCAGGAACCCUCGCCCCCGCUGUCCCCCUCUGUCCCCUCCCCAUCCAGCCCCGCUGAGCCCACCAGGGUCCCCGACCCCGAGGCAUCCCACGAGGCAGCCCCAGCCCCGUUGUCACCACUGCCACCAGCCCCCUCGCCAGCCCCCCAGGAGGAAGGGGCCACAGCUGUGCACUCCCCUCCCCGUUUCAAGCCACGCUCGCGGCCUCUGGAGGACGGGGACGAGGCGAGGCCACGGCUGAAGAAGUGGAAGGGGGUACGCUGGAAACGGCUGCGCUUCCUCGUCACCAUCCAGAAAGGGGGAGCCAAGCGCGACGGCGACAAGGAGAUCGCCGAGUUCAUCGACAAGCUGGGAACCACGCUGCGCCCUGAGAAGGUGCCGCAGGACAUGCGCAAGUGCUGCUUCUGUCACGAGGAGGGCGACGGGGCCACGGACGGGCCAGCCCGCCUGCUCAACCUUGACCUCGACCUCUGGGUCCACCUGAACUGCGCCCUGUGGUCCACGGAGGUGUACGAGACUCAGGGAGGGGCCCUGAUCAACGUAGAGGUGGCCCUGCACCGUGGGCUGCUCACCAAGUGCUCCCUGUGCCAGAAAACCGGUGCCACCAACAGCUGCAACCGCAUCCGCUGCCCCAGCGUGUACCACUUCGCCUGCGCCAUCCGCGCCAAGUGCAUGUUCUUCAAGGACAAGACCAUGCUGUGUCCCCUGCACAAGCUGAAGGGGCCCUGCGAGCAGGAGCUCAGCAGCUUCACCGUGUUCCGCCGCGUCUACAUCGAGCGGGACGAGGUGAAGCAGAUCGCCAGCAUCAUCCAGCGUGGGGAGCGGCUCCACAUGUUCCGUGUGGGCGGGUUGGUCUUCCACGCCAUUGGGCAGCUGCUGCCCCACCAGAUGGCCGAUUUCCACAGCGUCACGGCCCUCUACCCCGUGGGCUACGAGGCCACGCGCAUCUACUGGAGCCUGCGGACCAACAACCGCCGCUGCUGCUACCGCUGCACCAUCUGCGAGAAUAACGGGCGCCCUGAGUUUGUCGUGCAGGUCAUCGAGCAGGGCCUGGAGGAUCUUGUCUUCUCCGACUCCUCGCCGCAAGCUGUGUGGAACCGGAUCAUCGAGCCAGUGGCGAUGAUGAGGAAGGAGGCCGACAUGCUGCGACUCUUCCCCGAGUACCUGAAGGGCGAGGAGCUCUUCGGCCUCACGGUGCACGCAGUGCUGCGCAUCGCCGAGUCGCUACCAGGUGUGGAGAGCUGCCAGAACUACCUGUUCCGCUAUGGGCGCCAUCCUCUGAUGGAGCUGCCCUUGAUGAUCAAUCCCACCGGCUGCGCCCGCUCCGAGCCCAAGAUCCUCACCCACUACAAGCGGCCCCACACCCUGAACAGCACAAGCAUGUCCAAGGCCUACCAGAGCACGUUCACGGGUGAAACCAACACGCCCUACAGCAAGCAGUUUGUGCACUCCAAAUCCUCCCAGUACCGGCGCCUGAAGACGGAGUGGAAGAACAACGUGUACCUGGCGCGGUCCCGCAUCCAGGGGCUGGGGCUCUACGCGGCCAAGGACAUCGAGAAGCACACGAUGGUCAUCGAGUACAUCGGCACUAUCAUCCGCAACGAGGUGGCCAACAGGCGGGAGAAGAUCUAUGAGGAGCAGAACCGUGGCAUUUACAUGUUCCGCAUCAACAACGAGCACGUCAUUGACGCCACGCUGACGGGGGGCCCGGCCAGGUACAUCAACCACUCGUGUGCCCCGAACUGUGUGGCCGAAGUCGUGACCUUCGACAAGGAGGACAAGAUCAUCAUCAUCUCCAGCCGGCGCAUCCCCAAGGGGGAGGAGCUCACCUACGACUACCAGUUCGAUUUCGAGGACGAUCAGCACAAGAUCCCCUGCCACUGUGGAGCUUGGAAUUGCAGGAAGUGGAUGAACUAACUGGGAAAAAGGGGCUGGGGGCUGCCACCCCCGCCUCAGAGACCUCGCCGAGCCCCCCAGGGCUGCAGGAGGUGCCAGGGGCGGCCGGGCACGGAGGGAGAGCAGCGGCUGCAGCGCUGCCGGCCCUGCCCGAGCAGGACGGACGGACAGAUGAACUGGCAACUCAGGGUUUUCUUUGCUUCGUCCUGCGAGGAGAAAAAAGGAGUGGGGGGGCUCAGAAACGCCCCCUUCACCACCCCCUGCCUGCCUCCCUCGUGGGAGAGCCACGCGGGGGAGCAGCGCCGGGCCCAGCGCAGCCGGAGCGAUUGUGCGGAGCUGGUCUGGAUAUAACGAUUAUUUUAUUUUAUUUUUUUUUUUCGUUUGUUUCUUUUUUUUUUUUCCUUUUUUUUUUCCUUUUUUUUUUUUUUUUUUUUUUUUUUUUUUUUUUUUUAGAAACUAAUAAUAUUUGCUCGCUAAUUACCAAGGUAACACAGACUCCUUGAGCUCGACAAUCCGGGCUCUGCCCCGCCCAGCGUGGCGGCCAGAGCUCGCUCGGUUCCUUUUGAUCUCUUUUUUGUUUGUGCGUGUGGACGAGACCCCAGAGCGGCGGCGGGAUGCAGCCAAGACCCCGACAGACACAAGGAGCUUCUGCACCCAAACCUACCUCAUUUUAAGUGUUAGAUUUGUUUCUUUUUAUUUGUUGUUGUUUUUAAAUGUGAGCCCCCCUCCAUCCCAACCUGCCUCCCACCCCUCCUAAGGUUUCGGGGGGGUUUUUCCCUCUCCCUCAGAGGAUGUGGCUUCCCCUUGUCCCCCUCCUUCAGGACACCUUGAAGGGGGGAUGUGGGGACACCCUCUCCUUGUCCCCCCCCCCCUCAGGAGGUCCCAGCCGUGUGACGUGCCAAGGUGUGAGGUGGGGACGGGGGAGGGCGGGGGGGGGGUCAGACCCACUCCCCCGGCUCUGGUGGGGGGCUGGAGGGGCUGGGUGGGGACCCCUCCUUCCCACACGUGGCCCCCACGGCUGGAGGGGCCGGGUGGACCCCCCCCCCCGCUCGCCCUUGGCCCUCCCAGCUGGGGCUGCACUGGGGGAGGAAGGUUAUUUAUCUAUUUAUACCUUAUAUUGUAUAUACUAGACGGGGCUGGGGGGGGGGCUCUUUGUGCUCUGCUGGGCUGAGAUUUGGGGUGCAGGGGCAAAAAAAAGGUGUGGGGGGGGUUUUAAACCCAGUCUCCGAGGUGGGGGUGGGGAGGGGGGGUCUCUCUGGAACCUCCUGCCAGGCAGGGGCGGCCUCGGAGAGCGAAGCAGCGAGUGGGCAUUAACACCCCCAGCCCCCCACC